AGAGAGAGAGAGAGAGGCAGCUCAAUGCUCACAUCACAACAUUCAUUCCCUCUCUCUCGGUCGAGUAGCACUGCAGCUGAAAGACGCUCGUUGUCUGUGUCUUUCACCUUCCGCAUAGAUCCCACGGUGUCCCGAGAUCCUGCCUGGACCUCAACGUAUCCAAGUUGCAGUGUUGAUUACAUAAAAGGAAACAUGAACGGCCACGUGUGCUUUGGGGCUUGUUACAAUAAUUUCAAGAGUGGAGCAAGAGGUCGGGAAAACAGUUCUCGAAACCAUAUGUCACGGGGCAGGGGCAGAAGCAAGACUGGUUCAGACAAGGCACCAGACAAUAAUAUCCCAGAUGACUUAGUUGAUCCCUGCAAGGUCUUUGUAUCAAACUUGCGGCCUCAGGUUACAGAACAAAUGUUGCGGGAGGUUCUAGCUCACUAUGCUACAGUUGAGAAGGUGACCAUCAUUAAGGACAAGCAGACAAGGAAGAGCAAAGGUUAUGGCUUUGUCAAAGUGAAGACUCAGGAGGAUGUUAGAAAGUUGCUUGAGCUGCACGAUGGUGACAGUUAUAUCCAUGGAAAAAUGGUCAUCCAGCUGGCUAAGAAGAGGAUCAGCCUGCCAGGGGAUGACAGCUAUACACGCCACCCACUACCUGAGAGAGAGUUUGACCUGAGUGAACCAGAUCCAAGCCAACCCUCUGUACACAUGCUGGUGGAUGAUGUCAUGUUCAAAAUUUUCUCCUAUCUCCCAAUCAGGAACCUUGUCCUUUGUGAGGGAGUUUGUCGGCGAUGGCAGAUGCUGGUUCACAGGCACUUCUCCAAAAUGACCACCCUGGAAAUCAAUGAAAGCACCCUGGAAAUAGCACCACCAUUUACAAAGGCUGUCAUUUCCAAGCUGCUCAUCCUCUCAGGUCCCAACCUCAAGUCCCUCAAGGUGCAGAGAGCAGACUUUGCCACAAAACAAAACAUCCUCAAGAUUAUCAGUCAACUGUGCCCAGUGCUGGAACACCUGGACGUCACAAGGGCGCGAGGCAUCAACUUUACUCACAUUUCUAAGUUGGCAGCAGGUUGCAAAAAUAUCAAAUCUUUCAUUGCCAAGAACUGCUUUGAUUUUGAUGAGAAGGCGAUGCAUCAGCUUCUGGUCAGCUAUCCAGAGUUGGAGAAACUUGACGUAGCUGGCACUUCAGUGUAUGGCAAGAACUUUAACUUUCUGCCCGGCACCAUCAAGGAACUCUGUAUUGAAAGAAUUCCAGAUCUGUGUCACAAGAAGAAAAGCAUAACACAGAUUGCUGACAGGUGCCCCAACAUUGAAGUUUUGGAGAUGAAGGAAUGCAUGAUCUCCAAGACUGACUUAGAGUAUUUUGGAAUGAAUUGCCACAGCCUUGCCAAGCUGUCAGUGUUUAUGCCAGGUGUUGAAGCCAUAGAAUCCCUAUCCUUCUUCAAGAGCCUGAAGGAUCUGACUCUAGUUGGUGAUGUAGUGGACCUGCCAGAACUCUUCAAAAAUGUCUCAAAAAUAGAGGUGCUCUCAUUGGAUGCAAAGGACCUUGUCAGCAAUGAAGCCGACUUCUCUGUAUUGGAAAACUUGAGGAGUUUGAAACUCACCCAGACAUUGCUGAAAGAUGCAUCACUCCAAACAUUGGCCAAGUGCAAACACUUGGAGGAGUUGUACCUGUUCAAGUGCUACUCUUUAUCUCAGGAAACUCUUUUACGUAUCUUAAAGGGCUGCAUCAAACUGAAGAGGAUAGCCUGCCCUAGUGUGCAGUUGUCCUCUUCCUUCAUCACCAGUGUGGAUGAGAUCAUGAAGGUUCGAUCAGGGAAGCUGGUCAUUGAAGUGCGGGAGAGCGGGAUGCUCCUCUCUCAAGAUAUCCAGUAUGACAAGAACAAGAUAGAGUUUGACUACUCACGUGAUUUCUCAUACCUGUAUGAUCCCUUCAGCUAUGAUAGUGAUGAUUCUGAAUACUCUGAUGUCAGCUUCAAUACCAGCUGGUAUGACAGUGAUGAUUUUGCUGACCACUUCCUCUUCAAUGAUGAUUUUCAGGAUAACCUCUUUGAUGCAGCUGUGAUGUUGGCAGCAUGGAAUAUGCACGGCUCAGAUCAUUGAUGUGUAUGUGUAUGUUUAAGUCAUGUAAGGUGAGGCAACAAAUUUUUUCUUGUGGUUUCAAAGCUAUUUUUAUACAUGUUUUCUUUCUUUCUUUCUUUUUUUUUUUUUUCCUGUAUUGUUAGAAAUAUGUUAUAAAUUAAAAAUUGGAUUACUGACAGUGUUGACUACAAAAUUUUUUUUCCAUAUAAUAUAUGUAUAUUAUAAUAUAAUGAAGAUUUGUUUGAAAAUGUAAAAGUAAAUUGAGGACUUCAUCCUCUGAAUUCAUACAAAAUACAUCUGUAAGUAAAUGUGAUAUGCAUGAUGAGUGCAUUUAGAUGUCUAAGUAGCUACAUAAUUAUUAAUUAUGUGAAUGUAUUUUGUCAAAUUUUUUUUAGAUCAAUUGUUAAAAGUGUUUUCUUUACACUUGUGUACAUUAAUUGAAAGGAUUUUCUUUACACUUGUGCAAGUUAGUUAAAAACAAGCAAAAUUUGACUGAUUGAGCUGACUUGUUCUCCAGAAGUUUGUUACAGUCAUGUGAUCUGUAGUGCAUCAUUAUUUGGAUUCAACCACUUUCUCUGUGAUAAUAGGUGUAAAUAUGCUGUAGUUCCUCCAACACACCAGUGUUCUGCAGACAUGCAUGAGGCCAUAUUGUGUCAAUAUUUGGUGGUUUAUUAUAAAGGCCAGUAUAUACUGAUUAUCAUAAACAUUGUAUUGAAGUGCCUUUGUGCAUUCAGUGAAAAGUGGCAUUCUCUUAUGCACUAGAGAAAACUGAUGCUGCUUGUUUGUUCUUUUUCCAUUGUGGAAGUUCUUUGCUUAAACAAUACCACACAGUAUACAAGGUUACAUUUGAGGCUCAAUAUAUUGCAUGGGUCACUUCCUCUUGAGGCUGUAUCAAAGAAGUACAUUUGUCUCUGUAUGUUAUGUCAUAUCAGACAAUUUAGUGAUGAAAUUUUAGCUUGUACUGCUUUCCUUUAUGAUAUGAUUCAUGUUGAUAGAAAAUCUCUGAUGCCAAGGUCAUGGGAUUGUACAAGAGUUGUGUUUUAUUGAUCUUUGUCACAAGUGCUAUAUAAUCAGUGUUACCAAAUAUUAUUUACUUUAGGGUGUCAGUUUUGUUGUGAAGAAUGUAAUUUGAUAGAAAUUACAAAGGUUAAGUACAGCAAACAUUAUAAAUACUUGUGUUCAUUUCUAACAGUAUAUGAAAUACAAAAUCUAUUAUUCCAAAUAAAAUGAAAUGCUUUUCUUACCAAGCAGACAAGUAUACAAAUAAAACAUACAGGAGGAAAAAGCAAUUCUUAUUUAAGGGCCAUUAUGGUCCAGUGGGUAAGAUUUUGGAGGAAUGUGAGGGGAGCAUAGGUUCAAACCCCUUCUCAGAACUUAAAAAACUAAAGGAGUAUCCACUCCAUCACCAUGUGUGCCUGACACACAGGCCUUGCUGGGGAAGAUGAGCCACCUGCCACACCUGUGAUAGUGUCACAGGACUACUACAGGGCUCAUAAGGGUGUGUCCUCACUGUUGAAGUGUCUGUCUGACAAACACUUUUACCAGUUAAGAAUGGAAAGACAUCAGAAGGAAGCAUGAAGAGGUGUACUGGACUCUGCCCAUGUUCGUAGUUUCAGAAAUUGACACCAUCUGGUGUCUUACAUUAAAUAAGUGUAAUUAGUGGUGUCUUUUUAUUCUUAUUUUGUAAGAGGGGAAAAGCUGGCCAGGGGCAACAGGAAAAAAAGAAUAAAAAAAAAAAAGUCCCCAUGCAGGCCCAGGAGAGUUAGUCAACAGAAAGCAAUAAAUGUCUUGAAAUCUUUCUUUUAAAUGAGGUUAUGAGGUGAAGUCUUAGGAAUAUGGAAAUACGAAAGCGGGCAGGGAAUUCCAAGGUUUACAGAGAAAGGUAUGAAUUAUUGAAAGUACUUGUAUUUGAGAGGUGGAGAAAAUAGGUAGGGGGUGAGGAGGGAAGGUAUGCAGUUAGUAAGAUCAGAAGGGCAGUUGGGAUUAAAAUAGUGGUAGAAGAUAGCAUGAGAUGCCAUAUUGUGGUGGUGAGAAAGAGGAGUUUGGGAUCAGUCUGUACCAACAAGUUCACACUAAUUGCGUGUUGCCAGCAGACAUCAGCUUUGAACACUGUCUGCCAGUUUUUGCCUGGUGAACAGAGUAGAAACUAUGGUAUACAACUUCAUCUGGUACCACCAUUUGUUGCUGUAUCAACUUCCCUCGUUUCAACGCUUAUGACGUAAUCCUGCUUUGCCUUAUGAUAUGGUAACAGUGUUUGCUCAAUGGACACUUUGACUAUGUGAAUGCACCCUAAGAAUAACAAGAUCUUUGUAGCUCCUUAAAAAAAAAUAAAAUGAAAUAAAACUC